GUUGUUUUGGUUUUUGAUUUUUUUGAUAUUAAACUGAAAUUAAAUAUUUAUUGGAUUUUUUGAUCAUUUUUUUCCAUUGGUUUCCUAAUAUGAUUACCACUAUUACUACUACUACUGCUAUAGUAAGUGAUUAUAAUAAAAGUCGUGUAAACGAUAGUCUCUAUUAUUAUUAUAUGAAGAGUUCAUUGAUUGCCACAUACUGUCAAAUGUUUAACAAAAUGCAUCAAAUGUUAUAUACAAAAAUGUUUUGUUGGCAUAAACUCUAUAAGAAGUUUAGCUAAACUUUUAAUUUAAUUAAAAAUAAUUAAAUAAAUUACAAAUUUAUUGUCGAUAAAAAAAAGUUUUAUUUCAUUUAUAUAAUAUAUAACGCGAGUGACUAUUAAUACUGUAAUAACUUUGAGAUUAAGUGACAAAAUGUUUACUGAAUUAACAGUAAUGACAAUGAAAUCGCCGACAAAUCGUUUGAUUCAAUUUGUGUUAAACAAUGGGACACAUAGUCGACAGCCUUCUGUGCGGACUAUUAUGACGUCCAGUCAUGAGAUCGAGACCAAGACAUAUACUAAUGGCACUAAUGGUCACACAAAGUAUAGCUUUAAUAAUAAUGGGCCGAAUGGUAACUAUAGCAUUAACAACGGUAGCCCAGGGGGUACCCCCUAUAGAAAUGGUAACUCAAGUUGUGCCGUCUCAAGGAGUGUUAACUGGUUUUACAAUCAGUCGGCCAUCGAUAUCGCAGCCGCUAAGCCAUCCGUGAGACUAACGCCGGCAACGAUACUAUAUUCGGGUAAAAGUCCUGAUGGCAGUCAUCUAUUGAGAAGUGCAUUGUAUCUGCAAAAAGAGCUACCGGUGCGUAUCGCUCAUAGAAUCGCUGGGUUCCGUGCGCUACCAUUUCUGGUCGGAUGCAAUCCUACGAUACUAGCCGUCCAUGAGAUGUAUAUCCGAGCUUUUUAUAUGUUAUCAGAGUUUCCGCCGAUAACUGACUUCGAGUCUGAAAAGGGUUAUUCAAAUCUUUUGAGACAAUUACUGGAAACACAUAAGAAUGUUGUCACACAACUGGCCGAAGGUUUUCGUGAGUGUCGAAAACAUAUUCAGAAUGAAGACCUCGUGAGACAAUUUUUGGAUCAAACUUUGACCUCUCGUUUGGGUAUACGUAUGCUCUGUGAGCAUCAUUUAGCAUUUGCUGAACCCGAUGAUAGGGAACGGGCUAACUAUGUGGGCAUUAUUAAUGUUGCGAUGCGACCCAAGGAUGUGGUGGAAAACUGGUGCGAAUAUGUGGCAAAUAUGUGUGAACACCAUUACGGACGGGCGCCUCCUUUCCGGAUCAAUGGUCACGUGAACGUUGCCUUUCCUUAUAUCCAAACUCCGUUAGAUUAUAUACUACCAGAGCUUCUAAAGAAUGCCGUUCGAGCAACUAUUGAGGCACACGUGGACUCACCAACAUUACCGCCUAUAUCUGUGACAAUAGCGUCCAAUGACACAGAUUUUAUUAUAAGAAUCACUGAUAGAGGCGGUGGUAUAAGACAUCAUUUGGUUGAUUUGGUCACUCAUUACCACUUCAGUACGGCUGGUGAGACCAUUGAUAGUCGCUUAGAUGGAGGCAUAUUGGGUCAGAUAAUGAAAGACUCUGCGGCCAGUGCUUCGCCAAUGCAUGGCUUCGGGUUUGGUUUGCCUACCAGUCGGGCGUACGCUGAAUACUUGGGCGGAAAAUUGACAAUAGAGUCAAUGCAAGGCAUCGGUACUGAUGUUUAUCUGAGAUUAAGACAUAUCGACGGAAAACAGGAAUCGUUUAGAAUUUAAUAUUUUAUUAAAUUUAGUAUUUUUUAUUUAGAUUAUUAUUUUAAUUUUUAAUU